AUGGCGGGCGCGACGUCCCGUGUGACGAGGAAGAGAGGGUUUUUGAGUAUUGCUGCUCUUUCUGACGCGACGAAAAGGAAAACCAUUUGUGACCGCUGCCGCCGACGCAAACUUGCCACCAACUUCGUCGCCACUUUGCUGCCUUCUAGUGAAGAGGUAAUAUGUAUCCUUUUUUACGACAUACACCAUUCCGAAGGGAUAAAAUGGGAGUCUAAACAGCCCAUUAUGAACAAGGAUUCCAUCGAAGAUGGCCCGACAGGGGCACUGCUGGUCCACCGAGGCAAAUCUCCUACUGCUUUGGAGACAUCUGACUAUGAUGAUCUUAUUUCCAGUUUCGAAGGCAAGAAUAUUUCUUCCAACAAUCUUUUCAUCCCUAAAUGGAACCUCACUGAUGAAUCCUGUCUCGCCCAACAAGAGGUUUCCAUGAGUUCUCACGUCCUGUUUUUCCUUAGGGAACUGUUUCUGAGAUGGAAGCCUUUACUGAUGAUCAAACAAUUGAUUUCAUGGAAUUUGCUUCUACUCAAAUUUCCUUUUUCACCGCAUUCGGAGGCUUAA